AUGGUUAGAUUAAGGAUUCAUUCAACCUUGUUAAAAGAGAUCUAUGUAGCUCAAUUGACUAAUGAGUGGUUGAGGAGUAUACUCCUCACAGAGACUUAUAGUUCCCUUUAUGUUGCCCACCCUGGGAGUGUAAAGAUGUAUAAAGACUCGGGAAAAGUCAUAUGGGUGGUUUGGUAUGAAAAAGAAUAUGGUCGAUUUGUUGCCAAGUGUUUAGUCUUUGCAGGUCACAGAAGCCCUGUAUCUUGUUUUACUUUCAGGCAAGGAACUUCUGAACUUUUUUCUGGUUCAUUUGAUGGAACGGUGAAGAUAUGGAAUGCAGAAGACAGAGCUUAUAUGAACACUCUAUUUGGUCACCAAAGUGAAGUAUUGACCAUUGACUGCCUACGAAGAGAACGGGUAUUAACUGUUGGACGUCAUCGGACAAUGCAAUUGUGGAAGGUCCCUGAGGAAUCACGCUUAGUAUUUCGUUCUCCUGCUUCAUCUUUGGAAUGUUGUUGCUUUAUCAGUAAUGAUGAAUUCUUGUCUGGUUCGGAUGACGGAAGUGUUGAGCUUUGGAGUCUUCUGCCGAAGAAACCUGCUUACAUUGUGAAGAAUGUUCAUCCUUUGUUGGCUGGCCACAAGAAAGAUGAACAGAAUGAGAAUGGCAAACCCUCCAAUGGUCUUAUGGAGAAUGGUGAUCAUAAUCCUGGAAUCUAUCAUUCAUUAUCAGCGUAUUCCUGGGUCAUUUCAAUCAGUAUAUGCAGAGGGAGUGAUCUUGCUGCAUCAGGUGAUGGUAAUGGUUUUGUCCAUGUAUGGGCUAUUAAAAGUGAAACUAAGGACAUUCAACCAUUGUACGACCUUCCAUUGUUGGGUCUUGUGAAUUCCCUUGCUUUUGCAAAAUCUGGAUGCUUCCUUGUUGCUGCAGUAGGGCAGGUGACAUAUCUGAUGGCAUUGAAAUACCUUCUGUAAUAGGAACCUCGUCUCGGAAGAUGGGGGAACCUUCCAGCAGCUCGAAAUAGUGUUUCUGUUCAUCCCCUUACACUCUCAUAA